AUGUCGAACAUUACUCGCGCAUUCACCAAGCGCAGCAAGCGCCCGGAGGUGUCCGCCCCCAUGCCGUAUCGUGGCGAGGGGCAUGUGAGAUUUAACUCGGGGAGUAUCAAGCGUGGCAACAUCUCUGGUCCCGUCCAGUUGGUGUCGACCACCAAUAUGUUGGCCUACAAUGCACCCGAUCUCACCUCGCCGGCUUCUUCAUCCGCCUCGUCAUUGCAAUCGCGGGACGAUUCUGACGCGGCCAUCUCCCCGCACAGCUACUCCUCUUCCAUCACCUCACCCGAUGUGUCUUCCUUUGAAUGCUCGCCUAUCGAAUCCAAUCCAAUGGCGUCGUACUUCCCCAAGCGGUCGGCUACCCUGACAAGCCACCCUCGCUCCUCUGCCUCGUCCUCAUCCACAACUGAUGCGCCGCUGGUGCCGAAGCGAGCUCUGUCGCACACUAAGCGGUCGCAUCAGGAACUGGCACACAAGCGGUCCAUCUCCCGGAUGUCGCCGCCUCCCACGAGUCCACCCCGCAGCAACCCAACGAUUCGCUCGUCGGUGGAUUUGUUUAAGGUCGAGGCACAUCCAUUCAGCAAGGAGUUGGAGCAGGUGAACGAGGUGGCUGAGGAGUUUGGUGGUACGCAUGUGCUUGAUGAUGAGGAGAGGAUACUCUAUCGUAAGGGACUUAAGAAGUUCUCCGUCGAUGAUUAUCUCGUGGAGCUUGAAGAUCUCUACGGCAGCAUCUUUGACGACCGAAUGGGUCCCAUCAGCGCUGGGCCUUGGUUGUAA